AAAACAAACAAGAGGCAAAUAGGGGAGGUCCCACCACAUGGCCUUGAUGAAAGCCAAAAUCUCCAACUCUUUAGGCCGCAAAAAACACCGCUUCCUCAUUCCCACACCCUUAACGCCCGCACCGUUCUACCCUCAAAACUUACACAUCAAAGCUUCCGCUCGCCUCUUUCUUCUUCCUGCCCACUCUUCCCCUUCUUAUUACUACCAUCUUAUUAUUCUUCUUCAUACCUUAAAAAUAUAUACAUAGGAGGAGAAAAGCGCUCUUUUUUGAGUUGGGAGGCGAAAGAUGGGUCUGCAGAGCCAGCUGAACGAUGUCUCAUCCGAUUCGAUCCCUCUACUUCUGGUGGCAAUCAUCGCCAACUGCGUAGCUUAUAUUCGGUCCUUGCUUUUGGGGUUAUUUCAGUCCAUAGGCCUCUCUCGAUUCGAUGCGGAUGAAGUGGAGGAUGGGCUACUGGGUGCUGUGGGCUCCGGUUUGGCCAGUCUGAUAGUUCUGGCGGAGCAGCUCAACCUCAAUAGGGUCUUUUCUUAUCGGUACGGUGAGGAUGGUGGCGCCGCUUCCGAUUGCGUGGUGUGUUUGUGCAGGUUAAGGGAUGGCGACCAGGUGCGCAGGCUAGCGUGCCGCCAUGUCUUCCACAAGGAGUGCUUCGAUGGGUGGCUGGAUCACCUCAACUUCAACUGCCCCCUCUGUCGGUCGCCCCUUGUCUCCGACGAGCGCGUGGCCCUCACGCAGCGUCGCGUCGGUGGGGACUUGGUCACCUGGUUCUCUUUGCGAUGAUGGGUAUUGUGCAUGUGAUGUAUGGGGUACAUGUAUGUGUCCGGCGAUGAUGAUGAUGAUGAUGAUGGUGACGAGAGUAAAAAAAAAAGGUUUUCACUUUUCACUGCCUUUUUUGGUCGUCUUCUCUUUUGUCUAGGAGGGUUGGCAGUAUUGACUCUUGACUUCCUUUUUUUUUUAAUCUUGUUUUUUGAAGGCCUCUUUGAAGGUUCUUUUUUACUGCUGUAAAUUUUAGAAGUUUCUUUGUUUUUUUUUUUUUUUUUUUAAAUUUUGGGUGUUUAAUAAUGGAGAGGGUUCUUGUGUAUCACACUGUGAUCUCUGUUUCAGUUUAUUUAUUUACGUGGGUUUUGUA